AUACCACAAUGUAAAUUUUGGUUUUGUUUUAUUCAGUUUAAUUCAAAAUAUCAUUAUAUUAACAACAAUAAUUUCUGUUGAUACAAAUAAAACGCAAGUAAAAUUGAAAAUAUCGAUAGUAUAAAGAAACAAACAACUCAUGAUAACCUCUAACUGGUAAUGGAAUAAGUAUUUUAAUUUCUAAAUUUAUUGUAACGUGCUAUCGUCUAUAACAUUGAACUCUGAAAAAUGGAAGCCAUCAAUUUCACAGCCAAAACCAAAAAAUUGGAGCUGGUUAACUUGCCUGUACCGAAAGUGACGAAGCCUGAUCAGGUUCUUAUCAAAGUAGCCUACGCCGGAAUUUGUGGAACCGAUCUACAUAUUAUACAGGGAGAAUUUCCAUGUAACGAAAAUGAAACGUUCACUUUGGGCCAUGAAUUUUCUGGCACAGUAGUCGAUGUUGGUUCAGAUGUAAAAAUAUUCAAAAAAGGAGAUAGGGUCUCAGUUGAUCCCAACAGUGGUUGUAAUAGCUGCGAGUUUUGUCACUCUGGCAAACCCCAUUUUUGCCCUAUUGGAGGCAUUUCAAAUACCAUUGGAAUCUACAGAAAUGGAGGAUGGGCUGAAUAUUGUGUGGCACCCAUUGUACAAGUUCACAAAGUCAGUGACACCAUAACUUUAGAGCAAGCUGCUCUAACUGAACCUUUAUCUUGCUUGGCACAUGGUUUUGACAUCAUCAGUCCCGUAACCGUCGGACAGAAGAUCCUCAUUACUGGUGCUGGGAUCAUCGGUAGCCUUUGGGUCUGUAAUCUUCAUCUUCAAGGCCACAGAAACGUUACUGUGUCGGAGCCCAAUUCAAACCGAUUGCAAAUGUUGAAAAAUUUGAAUACUGGAUUUAAACUUAUUACUCCAGACCAGUUGAAAAAAAAUCAACAAUCUGACCCAAAUUACAAGUUUGAUCUUAUAAUCGAUUGCAGUGGAUAUCCGCCAGCUAUUGAACACGCCGUAACUAUACUGAACAAAGGAGGUAAACUUUGCAUUUUUGGAGUCGCUCCCCCUCAUGCGGAAAUCAAGAUAAAACCGUUUGAUGUAUACAUGAACGAACUAAAAAUUUUUGGAGUACUUAUAAACCCUUUUAGUUUUCCAAAAUCUUUGGGUUUGAUCGAGGCAAUGGGUGAUAGGUAUUUGAACUAUGAGAAUCUGGGAAUCAAAACUUUUCCAUUGAAACAAUACAAAGAGGCGAUUGAACUGUUGAAGAAGGGAACAAUAGCGAAAGCCAUUUUUAAGUUUUAAAUAUAAUAAUAAUGUAUAUAAACAGAGAUAGUUUCAAUAAAAUGAUUGUGUCGAAUUCGUUUG